GCGGGCGGAGCGCAAGCCAGAGCCACCGAGGCGGGUGGAGCCUGCGGCCGGAUCCCGGGGCCAAUCGCGCGGUGGCGGGGGAGGAGCCCCGGAGGGGGAAAAAGAAAGUGCGGCGGAAAGUAAGAGGCUAGUCGGGGAAGGCUGCCAGGAUCUGGAUCUCCUGGGCUCAGUUUGGACCAGAUCUCGGAAAGAGGCAGUGGCCGGCCACCCUGCACCCAUCCCGUCGCUGUCGCGGAGCCCGCUCGGCUGGCCCAGGAAGGAUGGGACUACUGUGGUGUUUGAUGAGUCUGUACUUCUAUGGGAUCCUUCAGAGUCAUGCCUCAGAACGCUGUGAUGACUGGGGACUAGAUACCAUGCGACAAAUCCAAGUGUUUGAAGAUGAGCCAGCUCGCAUCAAGUGUCCCCUCUUUGAACACUUCUUGAAGUACAACUACAGCACGGCCCAUUCCUCUGGCCUUACCCUGAUCUGGUACUGGACCAGGCAAGACCGGGACCUGGAGGAGCCCAUUAACUUCCGCCUCCCGGAGAAUCGCAUCAGUAAGGAGAAAGAUGUGCUCUGGUUCCGGCCCACCCUCCUCAACGACACAGGCAAUUACACCUGCAUGUUGAGGAAUACUACGUAUUGCAGCAAAGUUGCGUUUCCCCUGGAAGUUGUUCAGCAGGGCAGAUGCUUCAGUUCCCCUAUGAGACUCACGGUGCAUAGACUGUAUAUCGAACACAGUACUCAUAACAUCACGUGUCCAAACGUAGAUGGAUACUUUCCUCCCAGUGUCAAACCAACCGUCACUUGGUAUAAGGGUUGUACUGAAAUAGUGGAUUUUCAUAAUGUAGUACCUGAUGGUAUGAACUUGACCUUUUUCAUCCCCUUGGUCUCAAAUAAUGGAAAUUAUACAUGUGUUGUUGCAUAUUCUGAAAACGGACGCCUCUUUCACCUCACCAGGACUGUGCGUGUAAAGGUGGUAGGCUCGCCAAAAGAUGCAUUACCACCCCAGAUCUAUUCUCCGAAUGAACGUGUUGUCUAUGAGAAAGAACCAGGAGAGGAGCUUCUCAUCCCCUGUAAAGUCUAUUUCACUUUUAUCAUGGAAUCCCACAAUGAGAUCUGGUGGACCAUUGAUGGAAAAAAGCCUGAGGAUGUCACUGCUGACGUAACUACUAAUGAAAGUAUAAGCUAUUCUCCAACAGAUGAUGAAACAAGGACUCUGGUGUUGAUCAUCAAGAAAGUCACCCCUGAGGAUCUCAGGCGCAAUUAUGUCUGUCAUGCUCGAAACACCAAAGGGGAAGCUGAGCAAGCAGCCAAGGUGAAACAGAAAGUAAUACCACCAAGGUACACAGUGGAACUCGCCUGUGGUUUUGGAGCCACAGUCUUUUUGGUGGUGGUUCUUAUUGUGGUCUACCAUGUUUACUGGCUGGAGAUGGUCCUCUUUUACCGGGCUCAUUUUGGAACAGAUGAAACAAUUCUUGAUGGAAAGGAGUAUGAUAUUUAUGUCUCCUAUGCAAGAAAUGCUGAAGAAGAGGAAUUUGUGUUACUGACACUCCGUGGCGUUUUAGAGAAUGAAUUUGGAUACAAGCUGUGCAUCUUCGACAGAGACAGCCUGCCUGGUGGAAAUACGGUGGAAGCAGUGUUUGAUUUCAUUCAGCGGAGCCGAAGGAUGAUUGUUGUCCUGAGCCCUGACUAUGUGACAGAAAAGAGCAUCAGCAUGCUGGAGUUUAAGCUGGGUGUCAUGUGCCAGAACUCCAUUGCCACCAAGCUCAUUGUGGUGGAGUACCGUCCCCUCGAGCAUCCCCACCCAGGCAUCCUGCAGUUGAAGGAAUCUGUGUCUUUUGUGAGCUGGAAGGGCGAGAAGUCCAAACAUUCUGGCUCCAAGUUCUGGAAGGCCUUGCGCUUGGCUCUUCCCCUGAGAAGCCUGAGCGCCAGCUCUGGCUGGAAUGAGAGCUGCUCUUCUCAGUCUGACACCAGUUUGGAUCACGUUCAGAGGAGAAGUCGUUUGAAAGAGCCCCCAGAACUUCGGAGCUUAGAGCGGGUGUCUGGAGCAGCGCCAGCCCCGGGCAUCAUGUCCAAGCACCGAGGGAAGCCCUCGGCAGCUUGUCGCUGCUGUGUCACCUAUUGUGAAGGAGAAAGUCACCUCAGGAGCAAGAACCGGGCAGAGAUGCAUACCCAACCCCAGUGGGAAACACACCUCUGUAAGCCUGCUCUCCAAGAGUCGGAAAGUCAGUGGCUACAAAAUGGCACCAGACCUGAGCCCGCUCCCCAGAUCUCAGCUCUUGCACGGCACCAUUUCACAGAUUUAUCCAAUAACAAUGACUUUUACAUUCUAUAAUCACUUUAGGUGGAGGGUGGUGGCUGCUAUUUCUACAAACUCUCUCUCUCUGGGUCACAAACCUUUGGGAAUAAUUGACAUUUUUAUCAUCUAAAUAGACUAUCAGAUUUGUGUCCCUUUUAUUGAUUUUUUAAAAACUAUUUAUUUCUAGGAGACAAAAGACCGGAAGCACCUGAUUGCAGUUAUUGCCUCUAAUGGCCUCGGAAGAGCACACUCUUCUCGGGCCCUAGAAGGUCAGUAUGUAAAAGUUGUCUGGAGUCUGAUCUUGCCCCGUGGUUCAAAGGUAGCUAAGAACUGGUGUUUCCUUAUGAUAUGGGUGGUGAAGUAUACUUGAGCUUUGACACAGGGUGUGUGUACCCAAGGGAACAGGGCUUUGACAUUCACAGGGUGUGUGUACCCAAGGGAGCAGGGCUUUGAUACUCACAGGGUGUGUGUACCCAAGGGAACAGGGUUUUGACACUCACGGGGUGCGUGCACCCAAGGGAGGGACUUGAAAAGGAGCAGGUUCUGGUCAACACUGUAGGAGAGGGUUCAGCAACAAACCUACAGCACAUUUUGGCCCCCAGGAUCAAACUUUCUCAGAGGAAUUCAUGCUUCCUAUUGCCUCCCUGUAAAUAGUGUGUUCUAAACUUCCUAAUGUUGUCAGUCUCAAUAAAGGUAUAUUUUUAUGUCAUGUCUUUUGUACUAAGAGAUUUUUAAUGCCCUCUCCUCAUUUUGCCUUUUCUGGCUUUCAUAUUCAAGUCUAAAGAAUAUUCCAUUUCAGGGAACUGAGAUUUGGAUUAGGUAGAAAAUGUAAGGGGUUGUUUUGUUUUGUUUUUCUUUUUUUCUGAUGUGUAUUGGAAAUCUAUAAAAGUACCAAAGACACUGAGUUGGCAUUCUAUGAGAAGGGGAGCUUAUGGAAGAAUCUUGCUUUGUUCAAAUCACAGCAGAAAAAUUUAGUAACAAGCUGUAAUGGAACUGUAGGUAGGGUUUGGCACUUACAUCCUUUCUUCACAAUUCUGAAAAGAGAUGUUGAGUUCACGUUCCUCCAAGGGUCAGAAGGUAAGAGAAAAGGAUAAAAGGGGACACAUGUAAGUUUAACUCCCAUGCACUCCAUCCCACACCAACAGGAUAGAUUGCAGGUUCAACGUUGCAGGCUUUUCUGCAAAUAUUCACGUGACAGUAAAAGGCACAUAGCACUUUACUUUCACACUGGGGUCCUAUCAGGAGCCCUUGAGCUUAUGGAUAACUGAAGAACACAUGAGUGCUCACUCAGCUCUGUUUGGUUGUUGCCACUUGAAUUAGACUCUGCAUGACAGAUUGUCCAGUUUCUUUUAUGAGGUAUGAAACUUUAAUAUUUGAGUGUAUACUUUCAAUUAUAUCCUGACUUAAAUUUAUAAAAAUAAAGUCAAAGAGUAAAAAACAAUUCAAAAUAAAAACCAAGCAACCAAACAAACAAAAAACCUUCAUCUGUGGGUCCUUAGCAUGUGAUUUCAGGGCAACAGUAUUCAGUCAAAGAAUGUAUGCUGAAAUAGGGGCUCAAGUGCCAUGAACAACUCUGGCCUUGGGUAAUGCAAGUUGGCUAUGAGAACAUAUGGGAAAUGUCUAUACCUUCUCCACCCUGAAAACAUCUGGCCUUCAUAAUAAAAUUGAUCUGAUAAAUCCUCCAGCCCAGGAGACAGCUGAGAAUCACUGCAUCUUCUUGCAGCUCUGUGUGUUCCAUGUUUUCUAGAAGAAAGUUAUAAGCACAAAAUCUGCUGUUUCUAAACAGAAGUAAAUCACAAGCCGUUGCAGCAGACACCAUUCAAUGUGAGGAGUCACCUUCCGUACAGCAGCCCCUUGCUGCGAGUGUGCUUGGUCCAGAGCCAGGCUCUCUCAAACACAAAGGGAGCGGUAGUGAGAUAAAACACAAGUGAAAAAUCCUACAGUUUAUCUGCUGAAACUAGAGCACCCCCUGUCUAAAACAUUACUCACUACAGAAGGUGUACCUGGAUGUGGUAGUCAACAGAAAUGACUUAGCAUGACCAAAGGGUUCAUGUCAGAUGGCAUCAUUUUCUGAAGAGAUAUUCAAAGGCCUUAACUUAGCUGCCAGAAAAUGGAUAAUAUACAUGGCUUCACAUUCUAUGAAGGGGAGAAAAGGAUCCAGUCCAAUUCAAAUUAGCCUUAUUUCUUAUUAACAUACCCACUGUAAAACAUCUCUGAAAGAAAAUUAGAAAUUACUUUUGUCACUUAUGUGUCCUUUUAAAAAGUACUCUGAAAAUUUCAUACAU